CGAUCGCUUCGCUCAACACGACCAUUCGCCAUCAAACACCUGCGGCAAGUCCCAAUAUGGAUGCAGCCAAGGUCUUUAUCAAGAUUGCCGAUCUCAAGCCAAGCAUGCGGAGCGUUCGGAUACGCUGCAUUGUGCUGGAGAAAGGUGAAUCGCAACGCACAAAGGACGACACACUCGUCACGUCCUGCCUCGUCGCAGACGCGUCGGGAUCGGUCCGGCUGACCGUCUGGGACGACCUGUGUCUGCACAUCCAGCCGUCGGACAUUCUGCACAUUACAAAUGGAUAUUGCUCGUUAUUCAAGGGAUCGCUCACGGUCUAUACUGGCAAAGCCGCGAUGGUUGAGCGGGUCGGCGAAUUCACCAUGAGCUUCUCCGAGACCCCUAACAUGAGCAGCGUUCAAUGGCCUGCCGACGCAGUGUUUGGUGGCGGUCCGCCGCCCCCUGGAGGUCAGCUUUCUCGGGGUGGCCAUCCACGAGCCCAGUACCACGGGCCAUUGGGUGGGGCAAACCCCUCUUCGCAGCCUGCCCAUCCACAGAUGCAACAGCAGCAUCGUCCAGGCAUGCCUCCGAGCCCACUGAUAGCACACCCUCCAGGACUGCUGCCGCUCCAGCCACCAAGCGGCGGUCCCGGACCUCAGCAUGCUCGGCCACGGCCCUAGGCCAGUCCGCUCAACCCUCGAUUGAUCUUACAUUCACAUUUUAUAUCAUGUUCAAGUAGAUUUGGAUCAUUGAAUUGUGCUUUUGAU